CAGUCACCACUUCCACUCCUCAGUCCACUAACGGACAUGGAUGUCCGCAUACACCUUGCACUGCUAGUGUUGUGGACUGUGCCUCUUCCUUCAUCUACAUCCAAGCAUGUGUUCCUAGGAGAAAAGCAACAGCUAGAAGUUGACCCAGACCAUAAAACAGCUCUCCUCUCCGCCAAUCAUGAGCCCAGGAUACUGCUAGACUACAAUGUAGGUAUAAAAGCGUACAAGGACCCUUUAGCUGGCCGGUGCUACGUUGAACGUUUGGAUGAGGGAGAGCAGACCAGACAGCAUAGUCACAAUAACAGACCUAGAGGACGAAAGAACUUCAUUGUUGGACGGAACUUCACCAAGUAUGAGUUCUUGAGAGUGGCUGGUCUCCAAGUUGUCAACUUCUGCCGUGGAACACAAGUGCACGUCUACGAGUACAAACUUCCCUCAGCUGAUGACCUGCUGGUGUCCAAUGAGAUACAAGAAGAUGAGCGGCCGCGGAGGAAGAGGCAGACAGGCUAUAGUCCUAGAAGAUACCGGGGACAAGCACAGACGCAGUAUGUGGCAUUCAACAGAGAAGGCGAAGGCAACAAGAGUGGGAUAGCUGAGGCAGUUGCCCAACCUGACCUGUCUAGAGCCACUGUAUCUGGAACAAAUGGAAUGGGACAGGCUCAGAGUCAAUCAGGAUCUGGCGGCUGUGAAGAGUGUUUUCCUCCAGGAUUUGUCGGAGGGUAUGGCCCAGCACAAUCUCAAGCAGGUGCAGUGUAUCCUACAGGUCCAGAUGGAAGACCCGGACAACCGAGUAUUCCAGGAAGAUUUCCUCAAGGUCAUUACCCAGGAUACCCUAGUGGAACAACAUACCCAGGUGUAGGAAGCCCAGGUAUUGGUGUGCCAGGAAGUUAUCCAAGUGGCACACCAGGUAUUUAUCCAAUUGGCCCACCAAUUACUGGCCUUCCUGGACAGGAUGGAAGAGGAUACCCUGGACCUGGACCGGAAACCUUCACAAGACCUGGGCAACCAGGAAUUUUAACAGGCAUGACAGGAAGGGAUAUUCCUGGUGCAUACCCAACUGGACCACAAGGAUCUGCUUAUCCUGGUUUCCCAGGAACAUACCCUGGAGCAGAAAGGCCGGGAAUGGGGAUACCUGGAAGAUAUCCUGGAACAGUUUUUUACCCAGGUUCUAUACCGGGAGGAUAUCCAGGAACAGGAGGCUACCCAGGUGCAAGUGUUCCAGGAGGAUAUCCAGGAGCAUCCGGACCAGGUGGAUUCCCAGGAACAGGAAUACCUGGUGGUUAUCCAGGAACUGGCGUUCCAGGAGCACAACCAGGAGUUGGAGUCCCAGGAGUCAAACCAGGGGCUGGAGUCCCAGGAGUCAAACCAGGGGCUGGAUUUCCAGGAGGACCAGGAGCACAACAAGGGGCUGGAGUGCCAGGAGGAUACCCAGGAACUGGUGUUGCAGGAGCACAACCAGGGGCUGGAUUGCCAGGAGGAUAUCCAGGAAUUGGAGUUCCUGGAGCACAACCAGGGGCUGGAUUUCCAGGAGGACCAGGAGCACAACCAGGGGCUGGAGUGCCAGGAGGAUACCCAGGAACUGGAGUGCAAGGAGGAUAUCCGGGACCAGGAGUACAGGGGGGAUAUCCAGGAACUGGAGUACAAGGAAUGGUCCCAGGAGCUCAAACAGGAGUUGGGGUUCCAGGAACUCAACCAGGUGUUAGAGGUCCGGGAGGAUAUCCAGGAGCAUCGGGACCAGAUGGAUAUCCAGGACAAUCAUCUCCAGGUGGUUAUCCAGGAACAGGAGGGUCAAGAACAUAUCCAGGAGAUGGAAUUCCAGGAGGGUCUCCAGCUGGAAAAGUCCCUGGCGGAUACCCAAGUGCUAGUUUCCCAGGAGGAUAUCCAGGAGCUAGUGUCCCAGGAGGUUAUCCAGGCGCAUCUGUUCCAGGCGGAUAUCCAGGAAUCCCAGGAGGACAGCCAGGGGCUGGAGGUCCAGGAGGUUACCCGGGUACAGCAGUGAUAGGAGGUUAUCCAGGAACUGGAGUUCAAGGACGACCAGGAGCACAACCAGUAGCUGAAACACCAGGAGGAUAUCCAGGAAGUGGAGUUACAGGUGCACAACAAGGGGCAGGAGUUCCAGGAGGAUAUCCGGGAACAGGAGUGAUAGGAGGUUAUCCAGGAAUGGGAGUUCCAAGUGUACAACCAGGGGCUGGAGUUCCAAGAGGACCAGGAGCACAACAAGGGACUAGAGUGCCAGGAGGAUAUCCAGGAAGUGGAGUUACAGGGGCACAACAAGGGGCAGGAGUUUCAGGAGGAUAUCGGGGGGCUCAAGGGGGAUAUCCGGGAACAGGAGUGUUGGGAGGUUAUCCAGGAAUGGGAGUUCCAGGAGUACAACCAGGGUCUCAAGGGGGAUAUCCAGGAGAAUAUCCAGGAAUUGGAGUUCCCGGAGCACAACCAGGGGCUGGAUUUCCAGGAGUACAACAAGGGGCCGGAGUGCCAGGAAGAUACCCAGGAACUGGAGUUGCAGGAGCACAACCAGGGGCUGGAUUGCCAGGAGGAUAUCCAGGAAUUGGAGUUCCCGGAGCACAACCAGGGGCUGGAUUUCCAGAAGGACCAGGAGCACAACCAGGGGCUGGAGUACCAGGAGGAUACCCAGGAACUGGAGUUGCAGGAGCACAACCAGGGGCUGGAUUUCCAGGAUAUCCAGGAAUUGGAGUUCCCGGAGCACAACCAGGGGCUGGAUUUCCAAGAGGACCAGGAGCACAACCGGGGGCUGGAGUUCCAGGAGGAUAUCCAGGAAGUGGAGUUGCAGGAGCACAACCAGGGGCUGUAGUCCCAGGAGGAUACCCAGGAACUGGAGUUGCAGGAGCUCAACCAGGGGCUGGUGUGCCAGGAUAUCCAGGAAUUGGAGUUCCCGGAGCACAACCAGGGGUUGGAUUUCCAGGAGGACCAGGAGCACAACCAGGGGCUGGAUAUCCAGCUGCAGGGAUCUUAGGAGGAUAUCCAGCUCCAAGAAUUCCGGGUGUUCAGCCUGGAGAUUAUCCAGAAGGUGGUAUCUCUGGAGGAUACCCAGGGACACGUUUGCCUGGAUCAGGAAUGCAAGGAGUUGGUGUACCAGGAGGAAGCAUGCCAGGAAUGUCAGGAGUAGGUAUGCCAGGAACGGGUAUGCCAGGAACAGGAAUCCCAGGGUUUCCCUCAGAUGCAGGGACAAGAUCACCUUCAGGCAUGUUUCCUGGUAUGCAACCUGGAGGAAUGGGAAUGCCGGGGAGUGUUGCAUCAUCACAAGGAGGAACAUUUCCAGGUGUACUACCAGGAGCAGGAAUACCAGGUAGUAUGACAGGGGUCGGUACGGGGGGAAUUCCUCCUGGUGGAUACCCAGGUGGGUACCCCGGAAGUGUGUCUGGAAUCGGGGGAGGCAUCCCAGGAGGGUAUCCAGGCAGUUCAAAUGCUGGUGUAGGAUUUCCUGGAAUGUACCCUGGAACAGUUGGAACAUCUGGUCAAUAUCCUGGAACAGUAAUUCCAGGCUAUCCUGGGCCUCAGUCAUACAUACCUGGAUACCCAGGAGUUGGUACAGGAACUGGUACUGGAGUUGGAAGUGGAGUAGGAACUGGUACUGGAGUUGGAAGUGGAGUAGGAACUGGUACUGGAAUCGGCACAGGUAUAGGAACAGGUACAGGACAAGGGGCUGGAGUAGGAACAGGAGUUGGUACUGGUGUCAGUGGUUAUAUUCCUGGGACAUCUGUCAGUGGUCAAGCAGGGGGUGAUACUCAGGCUCAAACGAGUAUUCAGUAUGAGGGAAAAGAAACCAAACUUGGAGCCUCGUCUCAAGGCAAACUGGGUGAUGGAAUAUCACAAACUCAAGUAUCUGGCACUUAUUCUGGUUCUGGUGUGUUUUCUGCACAGGCACAAACAAGCGACAAAGAUAAAGGAGCUCAAAGUCAGAUAGAUGGAGGAGAACAUGGUGCAACUAGUCUCGCACAAGGUAGGGCUGGUGCCAGCAUGUCUCAAGCACAAGUUCAACUGGGUAAUGAUAAAGGAGCUACAAUUGCAGAAUCACAAAGCACAGGAUCAAAUUUUGGUACAAACACGCAAGUGCAAGCAGGAUUGAAGGGGGGGUUAGCCGAUGCCCAAUCUAAAGGACAGGGCAGUACUCAAAGUCAAGCUCAAAUUGGAUUUACACCAUACCAAAAGGGGCUUACCCCAGAACAAGAAUCUGUAUUUAGGGGAGGUGGAAGUGCAUCCUCUCAAACAGGUGCCAUUUCUGGACAAUCACAAUCUCAAAUCCAAGGAUCAUUCAAGUACGGAGUGACAUACUCUGGUGCCGCUCAAGCAGGCUCAGGAGUAACUGGGAUGGUGUUUCCAAAACUUAAUCUUACUUCUGGUAGUACAUUUUACAAUUUUUCAGAUCCCAGCAGUAGAAGUGGCCCUGUUUCUAGUGACCCAAAUGAGAAUAUAGAAAUUCCUGACAAAUCAAAUCCGUUAUAUCCUCCUCCAGAUCCAUUACUUGCAUCCCAGAACAAUGCUCCAGAUGUAAACAGUCCUCCAAGUAGCCCGCAGAACUACUAUCCACCUAACGAAGGGCUACAAAGACGUGAAAACAACAACUUCAACUACAAUACUGGCAGUUUACAAUCUAGCCCUCAAAACACUAAAGAAAAAGAAGAUGAGGAAGACGAUGAUUAUGAUGAUGAGUAUGAUGAUGACGAAGACUUGAUGCUUCCAACUAGUCAGUUGUCAUCUCGCGCAGGAAGUCAUACGACUCCUAAACCAACUCCUGUGCCGAAAGUUCAACCGAGUCAAACCCAACACGUCAUACUCGGACCAAAUGUUCCACAUGGUGCUAAAGUCAUAAGAGAUUCUGUCCAAGCAGGUGAUGUGUUCCAGCCUGGGCAGCAAGUCCCUGGGACUGCAUACACUGUACCAUCAGGCUUCAGAGGGAAAGUGAAAUCUGUCGCUGGUGACACCACAGAAGCCAGCGCUUCUGGUGGGGGCCAAGCUCAAACACAGACUGUUCUCUUGACUCCCGGCGCUGGCAACAUCACUUACAUCGACAAAUCACAAUCCAAACAAGAACUGUUGGGUAGGGAGAGCUAUUACAACAAGAAAUAUACACCAAACCCUCAACUGAACCAUCACUACACGAGAAGUGACUACAGGAACAAAUAUGGCACAAGAGCAUUGUCUACAAACUAUGAACAGCCUUCAAACAAAAACUAUGACAGUUUUGUGACUGUGACAAAUACUGAAACUGGUGAGUUGAACGGAGACAAAGUUGAUCAGAAAAAGAAAGUAUCUCAUACUUACUACACAAAGUCUUCAACAUGUGGCUACUUUACUUUUACGUGUAAUGCAAUUCAUGGUUCCAACGGAAGGACAAAAAUUUGCAAGCCAAACCCUCCAACUUAUGCUGAUGGCACUCCUUGUGCAUACCAUUAAAUUAUAAUACUAUUCAUUAAGUACAGUAUUCUUAAUCUUAACUUCUUAGUUCUAAAAUCUUUAUUUUUUACCAGUGAAAUGAAUUUUCUUAAAUUCAUCAGAUUACUAUUAAUAGUCCGAUCACAAAAUUUAGGCAGUUUAAGGAGAAGGUUCCCCCCACCACUUAGCUUAGCGUAAUGUAUAUAUCAGCUGAUCAUAUGUCAGUAGUUGUAGCAUUGACUAUUGAGAUUGUAGUUUCAAUGUUAGGAUGAGGUGGAGGGGAUGGAAUCACUUCCCCUCAAACUGCCUCAAUUUUGUGAACAGGGUAUAGUCAGCUGACUUCAGUUACGAGGCAUGUUUUUUAAGUAAGUACCGUUUUUAAAUUUCUCCGUUCCUGCACUGCGGUUGGCUUUGACAUUUGCGCUGUGUUUGGGCAUCUAUUGCUAAGACCUAGCUGGAAAUUCGAGAAUAAUCGGCCGUGUUUACAUCCGAUUUCAAGCAUUCAAAAUGGUGCCACCAAUUGAGACUGCCGCCUACUGUGAAGUGCGCGCUGUAAUUAAAUUUUUAAGUUCUUAAGGUGUGAAAGCUAUUUAAUAUCAUCGACAAAUUAGUGAAAUCUAUGGCGAGAACAUUAUGAGUGACGAAAUGGUACACAAGUAGGUAAGGGCAUUUUAAGAAGGCCCCACCAACGUUCAUGAUAAAUAAAUAAAUAAAUAAAUAAAAAUGUCUUUAUUCAGCGAUUUUCUGAUGAGCAAGGCACUGGGUACAGGAACAUUAAUGACGCCGCCCAGUGCGUUACUCAUCAUUAACGUUGGUAGGGCUGUAUUUUAAAUGCCCUUAUCCACUUCUGUACCAUUAUGGCACUCAUAAUGUUCUCGCCAUACAUUUCACUAAUCUGUCGAUGAUAUUCAAUACCUUUCACACCUUAAGCAGUUAAAAAUCUAAUUACAGCGUGCACUUCACAGUCGGCGGCAGUCUCAAUUGGCGGCACCAUUUUGAAUGCUCGAAACCAGAUGUAAACGCAGCCGAUUUUUCUCGAAUUUCCGGCUAGGUCUUACCAAUAGAUGCCUACACACAGCGCAAAUGUCGAAAUUACCAAUCGCAGUGUUGGAACGGAGAAAUUUAAAAACGGUACUUUCUUAAAAAACAUGCCUCAUAUAUUUUUUAAAAUAGAGUUUUAAUAAAAAAAUAAAUAAAUAAGACGUGAAAUUUUUGAAGAGAUUUCACUUUUUGAGUCUUCAUUGAUGUAUUAAUCGUCUAUUUAAAAUAUAUUUCAAACGAGCUAUUGCCUUGGUGGUGACUGACAAAUGGUUAGUAUAGUUACUUGAAAUUGAUAAGACUUAAAAUAGGAUCCAGCAAAACUAUUUAAGGCUCUCUUUAGUAAAACUUACAACCAGAAAGUUGUUAAGGUUGUAAUAUGUUCACACAGCCUUGAUAAACAUAUUUUAUGUAAAUUCUUAGGUAUUUUACAAUGAUAAGGAUGUGUUGUCAAUAAUUUACCUAUACACUGCCAAUACUGUAUCACAAACUGCCUUUAAUUAUAGUGUACUGACUUCAAUUAAUCAUAUGUACCGGUAAUUGAAUCAAUCCCAAAUUUAGGUUUAUGAAUCAGUAUUAAUGAGAGAAAAAAGUGUUAUAGUAAGAAAAGAGUUGAAAAUAUUAUUGAAGUAAUUUAAAAAUCAGUUUUGUAGAAAUCUAAAAAUUUUAGUUGCUCUAAUAAAAUGUGUCAAGGUGUGGAGUUGCAACAUCAUUGGUACUUAGGCUCUCUCAUAGAUAAUAUCACCUUUACACUAGUAUUCUUAAAAAAUAGUUUUAAAUUAAUAAUGUUCAUAAUUAUUUAUAAUGACUGUAAUUGAUAACUUUGAUUAAUAAAAGUAUUAUAAAAAACACAAAAACAAUAAUUUAUUGAGUAGAAACAACUUUGCCGGUAACCUCAGAAGCUAUAAUUUUUUAGUUGUCCUCUUUAAAAAGCAAUAAAAUAGGUGGUGCAGGAUGAUUCAAUUUUA